AUGUCUCCUCGCCGCUCGUCUGCAAGGGUGGACAAGGCUGCGAAGCGGCGCGUUGCCUGGUCCCUCGUUGUACCCACUGCAGAAGACCCGUACAGCCUUCACUGCCGCGAGUGCGGAGCGACCGCAGAGUUUGGAUUUUGCGGAAGGAAGGAGGGCGGAACCGUAAGAUACCUCUGCAGGGAGCACUUGGUUUUUGAGAACAACGGCUUCUUCCGCAUCGACAAAGAGCGCGCAGUUUGGGUCGAGGAUCGAAUGCAGCGCCGUCUAGAAGCAUGGGAAGAGGAGCUGCGGAAGAUGGACGAGGCCAGCUCUCACGCAGAAUCGCCAGAGGCACACGCUUGCUCUGCCAGCCACCCCAUGCUGGCCAUCUUCUUCGGCGAGGGUUUGGCAUAUGACUCGCGGCGGUCAUUGCCUUCUGUAGGUUUCGACAAGCGGACCUUCAAAGGGCUCAUGGGUUCCUCCACGGAACCCAUGAGCCGUGCGCUCCUUGCGACUCUCUUGAUGAUUGGCUGCGUCGAAAGCAACCCGGGGCCCUCAUCAGACGAUUUGCCGGGCAGUGCGGAUUCUGCCUCAAGCUCAGGCCCUUCUCUGUCGCAGCUGCGCCCGACCCCUGCGGAGAGUGGAGGAGGAGAUUCAAAUAUGGAGGUUUCGGGGAUGGAGCAAUUGGGGCCGGCGCCGUACCCCUUUUCUAGCUUCGCAUGCGACUCUUCCUCGGACGGGGCCCCCCCUUCGGCCGACAUGGAGGCCGAGGUGAACAGUAGGGACGCCGCCCGCUCGUCGUCGGAGCACGACGACGGCUGGUUCGACUCUGUCGGCGACGGCUGGCCCGACCUCGUCGACCCGGCCGAGUUGGACCCACGCCUCAGGGACGAGUUCACCGAUAAGUGCAUGAUCGUGUGGCCACCACCGCCAAUGGGCGGGCGGGUGACCUCCACCACGGCCGCGGGAGAGGGUGACAGCGCCGCCCCCCUUGCCCCCCCUGCAGAGGCGGCCGCAGCUCCCGAGGCCUCCGCCUCCAAGCUAGGCGCAGAACCUGGCGAUUCCAUCCGUUCCGCAGUCCUCGCGCAAUCGAACCCGGUUUGGGGCUCAGAGGUGAUGGCCUGCUCCACGGUACAACCAACUCAACCGCCGACUGCGCCAAGCGCCGGCGCCAGGGAGGUUAGUGUCUUGCAAUCCUGGAUUGCCUCGGCGCAGAUGCGCCUCGAAAGCGCGCCUUUGAGCCUGAGCUCCCCAAGUUUGUCCUGA